AUGUUGUCUAAAAUUGAUAUUCCAUCAAAUGUUCGAUUAAUUGGUGAUAAUUGUUUUCAUAGUUGUUGCAAUCUAAAAAGUGUGACAGUACCAUCGAGUGUCACAUAUAUCGGAGCUCAAUGUUUCAGAGAAUGUGAUAAUAUGAUCAAUGUAUAUAUCCAAACCGGUGUUUCAUCUAUUUCUUAUCAGUGUUUUGGUGGAUGUAGUAAUCUGACUAAUGUAGAUAUACCACCAAGUGUCAUUUCCAUUGGUGAUAAAUGUUUUUAUAAAUGUGUAAGUUUAAGCAAUAUUGAAAUACCAGCAAGCGUCACCUCUUUUGGUGAGAGUUGUUUCUUUAAUUGUAAUAACUUAAGAAGUGUGAAAUUGCCUCCAAAUAUCACUUCGAUUAAUAAACUUUGUUUUGGGUAUUGUACGAUGCUGUCUUUUAUUGAAAUACCAACAAGUGUCAAAUCAAUGGAAACUUCUUGUUUAUAUGGAUGUUCGAAUUUAAAAGAUGUGAAAAUUCCAUCAAGUGUCAUAUCAUAUGAUUAUAAAUGUUUCUAUAAUGGCACCCAUUAA